UGCGCGCGCAACAAGGUCAACAAAUGGCGGAGAACUUGAAUUUGGAAAAUAUUGCUAAGUGAUUCAGUGUCCAUUGAAACAACACAGCAUUAAGAUGAUGUCUACUAUAAACUGUACACCUAUAAAACAACAAGUUGAAUCAACAGGGAUUUUAACACCUGCUAGAAGUUUGCCGAGAUUGAAUCAACAACAAACACCUGAUUAUAGACAUGUUUCUUUUUCUACACCUAAUUUAUUACAGAAAGCCGAAAAACGAAGAUCAAAUAUGGCCAAAGAUAUCUUACUUGGAAAGAAACAGGGCUGUGGCACACCAUCCUACCCCUCUCCACUUGAUCGUAUUAGAGAUGGAAGAUCAAAGGUCAGCCGAGCAGAACAGCUGGGAUUGGUUGUUGAAAAUGAGGCUUCAUUCGAAUUGAACCAAUCAUUUCCAAAGGUUGCUAAAUCCAAGAUGAAAGAAGUUCUAGAUGUGACCACGCCCAAUUUGGAUCAGUUUGAAUGUGAAGGGUUAAACGAUGUCAGUUUUUCACCAGGCUUUAGUAAAGGUUCGUUUUCGAUUGCGGAGACAUCAUUAGACCUGUCAUUGAAUGAGAGCUGGUCAUUCUAUAAUUAUGUUGGAGGUGGAGAAACCGGACAUGUGUUUCCUCAGGCUGUUCGUAAUCCUAAUAAAGCCAUCUGUACCAUCAAUGCUAAAACGUCCGAGAUUCUUGUAGCAAAUGAAAUGGCUUGUGAUUUAUUUGGCUAUGAUAAAAGUCAGCUGAUUGGACGGAAUUUGAAGGAUAUGAUACAACUGAAAUCAUUGGAUCAGAUGUUUUUAUCAGAAUCUCAUCUACAACUGAAUGGAGAUAUUGUAGAUAUAUCAGGCAAAGUUUUUGAUGUGACAGAUAGCGAUGGUAUAUCCAUACCAGUAUCAUUGUGGGUUAAAAAACUUGAUAAUCAACAUGAUUCCAUAGAAGAAGUAAAACCUCUACUAAAAUGUCUGGUUGUCAUGGAACCAGUGAAAAGAACAGUUGCGACAGUAACGUUCACAAAACAGGGUCGUAUUGUAUCAUGUGAUCACCAGAUGGCGUUGAUGUAUGGAUGUAGUAACAUAAGUGAUGUGAUUGGUCUAGAGUUAAAUCAGAUGAUACCUGCGAUAAGAUAUCCUGUUGAUGAUACAAUACCCAAGGAUGUAAGAAGUCAGACAGCUACAGGAAGAACAAAACAUGGAGCCACAUUUCCACUCAGUUUACAGAUCUGUUCAACUAAAGAGAUGUCUGAUAUUGAACCAGUUGUCCAAGAUGAUGAUGUAGAAGAAGAAAGUCUAUAUUAUGGUAUUAUAUGGGUGUUUGCUAAUAUUAGUGGCAUGAUAUGCUUCCUACCUAAUGGUAAAAUACACAGUGUCAAUGAAAGUAUGGCCAGAUUGCUUUUUGGUUUUCAGAAACAAGAUUUAAUUGGAAAAGAUAUAUCGAUAUUGAUACCAGAUUUAUUGGAUGUGAUUGAUGAUGAUGAUAAUGAAGAUGAUGGAAUAGCACUGCCUCCUAUUGAUGAUGAAAUUAUACUAAUCCCAAAACCGAUACCAAAGGAAUCAAAAGAUAAUUCAACAUGCACACCCGACAUAUCAUCAAUACCUGUUGCUAUUAGUCAAAUCAAUCAGCUGCAUCUUGAUACUGCCUUGGUUAAAACUUCCACACCAAAUAAAUCAGAUACCUCUGUAGCAUCUACGGAAGAAAGUCCGAAAUCUACAAAAGAUGAUUGUUUAAUAGUCGAACAUAUAGAUGACGAUUCCAUUAAGAAUAUCACAAUCAACGAUUCUAUUGACCAAUCAAAUAACAAUAAUAGCGUGGAAAUUGUUAGCGACGGACACAUUAGUAUUUCCUCCCAAGAUACGUCUAAAUCUAAAGUUGUUUCAAUUCAUGAAAUAAACUCUUCAGGUAAUGGCAGUAGUUUAACGGAGAGUUCCGUCUCAGCCGAAGAAAGUUCUGAUGAUGGAGUUAACGCAGAUGUCAGUGGUGAUAUUGAAUCAAGUUUUGGUUUGAAAGAGGGAAGCAACUCGAGUCUGAAGCAAAAAAAUGCGAAAAAUUGGACUGGAUUAAAUAUGGCUCGAAAAAAGAUGUUAGAGAAACUUGACACUAGUUCAAGUAGUACUGAUAAUUCACAACAGUUUUUAGACAGUAAAUUAACAAGUUUUCUCCCCUUGUUAUCAAAACAGCGUAACAACAGUCAGUUGUUUUAUAACAGUGAUACCCAGAUAGAUGACGAGUCAAGUUAUUUCAGUCAUGAUAGUCAAGACACAUACUCCAGUCCUUCCAGUCUUGAACACUCAACUGAUCACAGUCCAUCCUCGAUGAACAAUCAGAACAAGUGUAACAAAGCGAAACAUAAAAGAUCACUGAAUAUUUUAGAACAACACCAGUCUUUUAGUUUUAGUGGAACUGGUCAACAUGCAGAUGGGUGGAACAUAGGUAUAAUGUUUCAAGUAAAGAAAGUAGAAUUAGGUGAUGGCAGCCAUAUUUUCUGUAUGUGGAUAUCCCGUGAUCCAGAGGAACCCGGAGAAGGAGGACGAUCGUACGCUAGUUUAACUCUUGCCUCUAGUUUCAACAGUACAUUAGAUCAGUCAUUAGCUGGGUUAAGUUUAGGAGAGGUUUUAUGUAAUAAAGCUAACUCGGAAUCAAAGAUAGAAGAUACUACAGAGGAUGAGAAGAAAAUAAUUGAUAGUAAAUCACCAGAGUUUGGUCAAUACAGCCAGAAUUAUGAUACGUUGAUGUCUAUUGGUAAAGGAGCAUUUGGUUUCGUUAAACUUGCACAACGACAAACAGAUGAUUUACAGGUUGUAGUCAAGUUUAUCCAGAAGAAGAAAGUAAAUAAAGAGAGUUGGGUUGUGGAUGAAUCUGAUGGUCGUAUACCACUAGAAGUCAGUCUGUUACGUAAAUUACACCAUCCUAACAUUAUACAGAUAAUAGAUGUGUAUCAAAAUGAUGUUUUUAUACAAAUGGUGAUGGAGAAACAUGGUAGUGGUAUGGAUUUAUUUGAGUUUAUAGAUCGCUGUCCACAGAUGGAUGAAGCUUUAGUUAGUUAUAUGUUCAGACAGAUGGUGUCUGGUGUAUCAUAUUUACACAGUUGUAAUAUUUUACAUCGGGAUAUUAAAGAUGAGAAUAUUAUAUUGGAUGAGAAAUUUAACAUAAAACUCAUAGACUUUGGUGCUGCAGCUUACAUGAAAGAGGGAAAAUUAUUUGGAACUUUCUGUGGAACUUUGGAAUAUUGUAGUCCUGAAGUCAUCAGUGGAAAUAAAUAUAGAGGACCUGAAUUAGAAAUCUGGUCCAUGGGUGUUACGCUGUAUACCCUUGUGUUUGGUGAAAAUCCAUUUUAUGAUGUUGAUGAGACACUGGCUGGUAUUCUCAAUCCACCCUGUCAACAGUCUAAAGGUCUGAUGUAUUUAAUAUCAUGGAUGUUACAUGUUGAUCCAAAGAGUAGAGCUACUAUACAGGAUUUAGAAGAGAAUGCAUGGGUUAAUCAAGAUAUAGAUAUCAACUCAUACAGCUGGCAAGAAGUUCUACCCAAUUGCGAAUUUACAGGAAAUACAGCUUGUGACAAUAGAGGAGAUGUUUCUGAUGAUAGCCAACUAAAUAACACCGAUCACACGGCUUCAACAUCACUUUGCUUAGAUCAACUGUCUAUUAAUGAUGACCAAUAUUUUUGAGUUUAUUAUCAAAUUAUUGAUGUAAAGGAGCAGUUCCAGAUGGAACAGGACCUUGUUCAUAUAGACAAUUUUAUCCAAUCACUCAUGCCAUUUGAGAUUAUUAUUAUUAUUAUUACUACUAUCACUACCCCUACUACUACUAGUGCUACUAUCUACUACUACUAUUAAGUGCUAUUACAUGUACUAUUAUUAACAACAAAUACAGAAGUAAUUAAUGCUAUUAUAAGACAUUUAAUCACUGGAAAUAUUAUUUUUAUACGCCCACAUUGAAAUGUGGUCGUAUAUUGUCGUCACCCCCGUCCGGCGUCCACAAUUGCUUGUGGACGCUCUAGAGGCUAAAGUUAAUAUCCGAUUGACUUUAAAUUUAUACACAGUGUUUAAGGUCAUGAGACGAAGAAGCCUAUUGAUUUUCAGCGAUUUCCAAUAAUUACUGCCAGAGUUAUGGCCCUUGAUCGCUUCAAAAAAUCUUGUGGACGCUCUAGAGGUCAGAGUUAAUAUCCGAUUGACUCUAAAUUUAUACACAGUGUUUAAGGUCAUGAGACGAAGAAGCCUAUUGAUUUUCAGCGAUUUCCGAUAAUUACUUCCAGAGUUAUGACUCUUGAUCACUUCAAAAAAAUCUUAUGCACGCUCUAGAGGUCAAAGUUAAUAUCCGAUUGACUUUAAAUUUAUACACAGUGUUUAAGGUCAUGAGACGAAGAAGCCUAUGGAUUCUCAGCGAUUUCCGAUAAUUACUGCCAGAGUUAUGGCCCUUGAUCACUUUGAAAAAUCUUGUGGACGCUCUAGAGGCUAAAGUUAAUAUCCGAUUGAGUUCAGAUUCAUACACAGAGUGUAAGGUCUUGAGACAAACAAGUAUAUUGAUUUUCAAUGAAUUUUUAUGACUUGAACAGCUAAAUCCAUGAUGUUAAAAGUUUCCUAUACUAGACGUUAGCAUUGGGCAAAACUUUAUAAAAACC